UCCCUCAUUAGGUUUUAACUCGGUUCUCGACUCUCCUUCUCUCUCAGGCAACACAAUUGCAAGCGGCGAUUAGCUCGGUUCUUGGCUCUUCCUCUCUCAGGCAGCUUUCUCAACUUCCCCACGAUUUUUAUGGAGAAAUCUAAGGAUUCAGCUUGCGGCCCUAUAGAUCGAUCACUGUUGUUCAUGCAGGAGGAUCAUAUUAGCACCUCCAUCUGGGAGGGCGAUGAUAGGCUCAGGUUUGAUGUCAGACAGUAUACCACAUGUAUGGAUAAGUGGGUUUUGGAUGAUGAGCAGAGGCAUCUUCUUGAUUCUUGGGGUUUUGGGGUAUUUGCUCACCCUCAGGUUGUUCGACAGAACGACAUUGCCCUGAUAAGAGCCCUUGUUGAGAGAUGGAGGCCGGAGACAAACACCUUUCACUUCCCAUUCGGUGAGAUGACCAUCACACUAGAGGAUGUCUACAUGCUUAUGGGUCUGCCGAUCAGCGGUCGUGCUCUUACUUUCACAGAUCUUGCUACUCCACAGCAGUAUUGGCUUACUCAGUGGGAGGAUUUGAGGUUGGAGAAGGGGCCUGUCCGAAAGAAGAAGUCUGACAAGAAGAAGAAGAAGAAGAAGUCUAAAGGGAAGGGGAAGUCUGAACGGGAGAAGAUGUGGUCAGAAAACGCGAGUGCAGUUAGUUUGUAUUCAUUGCGGGAAACAUAUAAGAAGAAGCCAAAGUCAAAGCGUCCUGAAUAUUUAGAGCAGGAUACCAGGGUGUAUACCCGAGCCUAUGUGUUCUGGAUCAUAGGGGCUAUUCUUUUUCCUACAUCAUCCAGAGCUACUGUCCAUCCCCGAUACAUACAGUUGCUGCAGAAGACGGAUGAAAUCAUUGAUUAUGCCUAGGGUGCUGGUGUGUUGGCAUAUCUGUACAGGGAGUUGGGUAAAGCUGCGAAGAAGACCAGCACUUCCAUUAACGGGUGCGUGAUGCUUCUUCAGCUCUGGGCUUAUGAGAGGUUGUUGCCUGGUCGUCCUGUGAUUGCACGUGGAUUAGAGCGUGUAUGGCCGAGGGCACGCGCAUGGGCUGAGCCAGUAGAGGGCAGGAGGGUUAACCCUCACCAUCAUGUACGCCAGUAUCGCGGGGAUUUUGAUAAGCGUCCUCGUGUUGAUGCUGACAUUCAGGUCCCGGAGCAGACUCGUCCCCCCGAAGAGACCCCGAUAGUUAUCUCCUCCCCGUCUACUACUCAGGUCCCGGACCAGACUCGUCCCCCCGAGGAGACCCCGAUUGUUAUCUCCUCACCGCCUACUAUUCAGGUCCCGGACCAGACUCGUCACCCCGAGGAGACCCCGAUAGUUAUCUCCUCCCCGUCUACUACUCAGGUCCCGGACCAGACUCGUCCUCUCGAGGAGACCCCGAUUUCUUUCGCUGAGUCUUUGCGGGACAAUUCUGAGAUGGAUACAUUAGAGGAUAGAAUGUUCGAUUCUCGAAGGCGGGGGAACAAGGAUAGAUCUGGUGAUAUGACGAGGCCCUUAAAAAAUCGGAAAAUUAGAUGGUUGUUCCGUGAAUGGUGGAACGAGGAGUGCAACUUUAUAUGGAGGGAACAUGGUCUUCCGGUUACAUACAGCCUUAAUUGGAAGCAGAUUCAGACGCUUAAACCCGGGUAUUGGGUUCAGGAUGAUGUAGUGAAUGCUUAUCUUGAGUUGGUGAAGAUAAGGGAUUUCGAAACAUUUGGUAAAUGUCCGGCCGCAAAAAAGUAUUUCUUCGCGCCUAGUUUCUUUUUCUGCCGUGCUAUAUAUCAUUGCCAAGAUUUGAAGGACCAUCUGAAUUCUAAAGCAACCGAAGAGCUUGCUGAGCAGGUUGCAUUCUUUGAGCAGUUUAAGAGGCAGGUUGUCGGGCCAAACCUCGUAGAUUGUGACUAUGCAUUCUUUCCCGCUUGUUGGGAGAAUCAUUGGAUUCUCUUUGUUGUGGACGUACAAAAGAGUAAAGUCAGCAUUAUUGAUUCUUUGUAUAGUGAGAGUGUUGGUCGGUCGUAUAAGGAUAUGUAUCCGUCUCAGUUUUACAUUAUGGAAAAACUUCUCCCGUGCAUGCUUCAUCACCUGGAUUCUAGUCGGUUCCCGCAGCCGAAAUUCAUGAAGGUGAGGUCGGUGACUGAACGCCCAAAGCAAGUUGGUGGAUUUGAUUGUGGUGUAUAUGUGGUCAAGUAUGUGGACGCCAUCUGUGGUGGGAUACAGUUGAAGAAUGCUGUAUGGGAUCCUACACUUGACAUCUUGACAUUUCGAUAUCGCAUGGCUUGGGAGCUUAAUAGAGGGCGGGCACGGCAUAUUUCUGAGUGGGGGAUUAAGGAGAGGUUGCUAGGAUGUUAGAUACAAUUAUUUGAUGGUUGGUUGUAAUUAUUUUUUGUUGGAUGUAUUUAUCGUUUAUCGGAUGUAUGCAUAUAGUUUAUUGAUGUAAUUAUCGAUUAAUAUUUUUGUGAUGAAAUUGUCUUUCAUAUUUGUUGGA